AUGAGUAUGAUGCCAGAAGUGGUGGUACGUCCAAUGAAUGGUGGAAAUGGUCAUUACAGCUAUACCAAAAACUCAACAUUUCAGAAAGGAGGGCUGGGGUUUAAGAAUAUUGGAAUUUGGAAUAAGUGUGCCAUAGGAAAGCAUAUCUGGGCCAUUGCCAAAAAGGAGGACAAUCUGUGGGUGAAGUGGAUUCAUGCUGUUUAUCUUAAGCAGGAUGAUUGGUGGGACUAUGUAGCUCCCACUUCUAGCAGUUGGUACUGGAAGCAGCUGGUGCGGAUUAAGAAUGAGCUCAAGGUUAUAUUUUUGCAGGGAGGUUCCAGUUGGACUAGGUUCAGCAUUGCUCAAAUGUAUAAGCUGAUGCAGUCUAAUACAGAGGCCAGAUGGAAGUAUGCAGCGAUCUGGGACAGGAAUGGAUACCCUAAGCAUAAGUUUAUUGCUUGGUUGGUGCUCAAACAGAGGAUGCCGACUAGAGAUAGAUUGUAUAGGUUUGGAAUCUCUCAAGACAUGCUGUGUCUCAUUUGUGGCUGUUAUCCUGAGAGUCAUCAUCAUCUGUUUUUUGAAUGUCAAUUCAAUGUAGACACUCUGCUUGCAGAAGGAGUGUUUACAGAAGCUCUAUUUGUGCUUGCAUUUACUUCAUAUGGAGAGCUAGGAAUGCAGCUCUUUGGAAGCUUCAGAAAUUUCUCCACUCAUUUUCAGAGAAAAGCUAUAGAGGCUGCGAAAGAACUCAUCAACAAAUCAAUAUCAGAGAAACUUGACAUCGAGACUCUUACUUCUUGUAAAACCUUUAAAAUCGCUGACUUGGGCUGCUCAGUUGGGCCUAAUACAGUCUUAGCAGUGCAAACCAUAAUAGAUGCCAUAGUUCACAAGUUUAAAAGCCAAAGAAAAACCAGUACUUCUUGUGAUCACCUCCCUGAGUUUCAAGUGUUUUUCAACGAUCAGGCUUCAAAUGACUUCAACCAGCUUUUCACAUCUCUUCCUCCGAAAACUCUGUACUUCGCGGCGGGGGUGCCUGGUUCAUUCCACAGAAGAUUAUUUCCCAAUGCUUCUCUUAAUUUUGUUCACUCUUCAUGUGCUGUUCAAUGGCUUUCUAGAGUUCCACCUGAGGUUUUGGACAAGAGCUCUCCUGCUUGGAACAAAGGGAAAGUUCACUACUCAAACUCCUCGACUGAAGUUGUCAAGGCUUUUGAAGAUCAGUAUGCUAAGGACUUGGGCAACUUUCUAAAUGUUAGAGCACAAGAGAUUGUCCAUGGAGGUUUGAUGGCUCUUAUUGUUCCAGGUCGCCCCAAUGGAACACCUCACUCUGAUGCUUAUAUCAACAAGGCAUAUGAAUAUGUUGACUCUUCUCUUAUAGACAUGGCCAAGAAGGUAGGCAAGAUUCGUAAUGAAAAGUUGGAUUCUUUUAACUUUCCAAUUUAUUAUGCAUCUCUCCAUGAAGUGGAAUCAGUUGUCAAACAAAACGGUUGGUUUAGCUUAGAGAUAAUGGAGAACCUACCUCUCGAAAAGCCACAACCCAAAGUGAUGUCAGUGACCCUUAGAGCUGUGCUUGAAGGAACCAUAAAGGAUCAUUUUGGUGAUGAGGUUGAUACUGAAGAGCUCUUUGAUCUGCUACUGUGCGAGAAGCUUGAAGAAGCCUUCUCUAUCACUGAAUCGUGUGAAUCAGUUUGCCUCUUGGUCUUACUCAAACGAGCACCAGAUGAUAAUAGAUGAGUGUUGAUCUGAGCUGUGCUUAUCUUUUAUACAAUCUAUUCUAGGAUUUGAUCGACUAUAAAAAUUUGCUAU